GCUCACUCACUCUAUGGGCGUUCUGAAACAUAUAUACUGUCAAUAGAGCGAUUGCAUCUGUCAUUGGUUGCUUCAUAAGUCACAUAGUCUAGGAAAGUCAGAACAUCGUAAUUUUAUAGUUGUAUAGUUCUGAAAAUAAAUUAAUUUUGCAAGUUGAAAAUGGCACAUUCAGCUAUAAAAGGAAAACUGAUUUCUGUUAUUGGAGAUGAAGACACUUGCGUAGGCUUUCUACUGGGAGGAGUUGGCGAAAUCAAUAAAAAUCGACACCCAAAUUUCAUGGUAGUUGAUAAAAAUACUCCUGUCAGUGAAAUAGAAGAAUGCUUCAAGAGAUUUUUGAAGCGUGAUGAUAUUGACAUAAUACUGAUUAACCAAAAUGUUGCUGAAUUAAUUCGUCAUGUAAUUGAUAAUCACACAUCUCCAGUGCCUGCAGUGUUGGAGAUUCCUUCUAAGGAUCAUCCCUAUGAUGCAUCUAAAGACUCAAUUCUAAGACGAGCUAAAGGGAUGUUUAGUGCUGAUGACAUGGUUGCUUAAAUGUUUCUGCCAACUAAAGCAGAUGGUACCUCUUAUGUUAAAACAACUAAAGAUUGUAUUGUUCUAGGCAUGUUAUUCAAUUGUUAUUAUUUCUAGAGCAUUUUAUGUCAUUCCAGAUGUAAUAUAUUUAAAAUAAAUGUAUUUGUUGAAAAGAAAUUAGUAAGUUAAAGAUAAUUAUUUGUCAUUAUUGCAUGUAUGGAUAUAAAUAAGUUAGUUUGUAUUGUAAUUAUAA